UUUGUGUCCCCUCUGUCCUUGGGAUACAUAUAACUUUUUUGCGGUGGCCAUCAAUGUGGCACAUGCAUGCAGUCACAGUUGAAAUGGCACUUCACCCAUCAUAUAUUUGAACUAUAUUUCGAAACAUUACAACCACAUUGUUGAAAUACGAUGUUAAAGGUCCUCCUUGAAGAGUCAGUUACACCAAAAGCUGGUGCAGCACAUAGUCCAUGCACAUUAUGGGUGAAAUGCCCCUUGAAUAUUUGUCUUUUGCUUAAUCAGAUGUCUCAAACUAGACUCGACUUACAGGUAACACUUAGGAUGGAGCUGGAAAGAAAAGAUACCAAAGAAAAGAGAGAGGAGCUGGAUUCCCUCUCGUCAAACCUUCAAGAAAACACCCAGGCAGCUGAAACUAAAACCAGUGUGCCGACAAAGUCCUCCACUCCCUGCACCAGCGCUGCUCCCCCCAUCUCUGCUGAGGCUCUGUCUGCCAUCCUGCACCCUGCCCUGCCCCGACCUCCCACUUCCAACCUCAAGCCCAGCAGAAAUUCAGCGGCACACACUUCACCAACUGUGGAGCAACUGCAGUCAGAGCUGAGAGAGCUGAGGGAUGAGCUGGAGCUGAUGAGGACUCAGCACAAUAAAGAGAUUAAACUUCUGAUGAAUGAACUAGAUGAGGAGAAAAGGAUUCGCUUGACAUUACAGAUGGAGAUACAACGGAUGAAGAAGCACAUGUCGAAAUGAGCUGGGCGGAGAACACCAACACAGUCAAGGCAACUUUAUUUUGACGGAACAAAGUCAAAGAAUGAUGUCCUACUGUGUACUGGCCUGUGAUUUAAGUUUUGGAUUUUUUUUUUACAAAAGGUACAAAAACAAACAAAAAAACAUCCUCCUUGCUUCUUCAGAAAUAUCUGUGACUUACUGAAACGUAUGUUCAUCUAAAAUGGUAAUUGAUGGC